AUGGAGUUUCAGCGUCUGCGCGCAUCUGAAUUUUCAGCAAAAGGGUGUGCUGACCUGACCAGCCUGGACACCAUGAGUCCGCAGGAGAGGAAGCGACAGGGUUACAUCCACGAGCUCAUUGAGACGGAGGAGCGAUACAUGGCUGACCUUCAGCUGGUCCUGGAGGUGUUUUACAAGCCCAUGUCUGAGUCGGGACGCCUGACAGAUGUUGAAAUGGCCAUGAUCUUCGUCAACUGGAAGGACCUGAUUAUGUCCAACACCAAACUUCACAAGGCACUGAGGGUGAGGAAGAAAACGGGUGGCGAGAAGAUGCCGGUGCAGAUGAUUGGGGACAUCCUGGCCUCGGAGCUCUCGCACAUGCAGGCCUACAUCCGCUUCUGCAGCUGCCAGCUUAACGGUGCAGCCCUGCUGCAACAAAAGACUGACAAGGAACCCGAGUUCAAGGACUUCCUCAAGAAAAUCGCUACAGAUCACCGGUGUAAAGGUAUGCCACUGUCCAGCUUCCUGCUGAAGCCUAUGCAGAGAAUCACCCGCUAUCCACUCAUCAUAAAGAACAUUCUCGAGAACACUCCAGAGAAUCACUUGGACCAUGGACACUUGCGGGAGGCUCUGGACAGGGCCGAGGAGCUCUGUCUGCAGGUCAACGAGGGGGUCCGGGAGAAGGAGAACUCCGACAGGUUAGAGUGGAUUCAGAGCCAUGUCCAGUGUGAAGGCAUCACUGAGAACUUGAUAUUCAACUCCUUGACCAACUGCCUGGGUCCCCGAAAGCUGCUACACAGCGGCAAGGUCUAUAAAACUAAGAGCAACAAGGAGUUAUACACCUUCCUCUUCAAUGACUUCCUGCUGCUCACCCAAGCAGUGAAGCAGUUCACCUCAUCAGGGACGGAUAAGCUCUUCAGUCCCAAGUGCAACAUGCAGUUCAAGAUGUACAAGAACCCCGUGUUUCUAAAUGAAGUUCUGGUGAAGAUGCCCUCCGAUCCGUCUAGCGAUGAGCCAAUCUUCCACAUCUCCCACAUCGACCGUGUUUAUACUCUCAGGACAGAGAACAUCAAUGAGACUGCCUGGGCGCAGAAAAUCAAAGCUGCUUCAGAACAUUUCAUAGAGACUGAGAAGAAGAAGCGAGAGAAAGCUUACCAAGCUCGUUCCCUGAAAACCAGUGGCAUUGGCCGCCUGCUGGUCACUAUUUUGGAGGCCACAGAGCUCAAGCCCUGCAAGCCCAAUGGAAAGAGUAAUCCAUAUUGCGAGGUGACCAUGGGGGCACAGUGUUUCACCUCCCGGACAAUAAAUGACACAAUCAACCCCAAGUGGAACUUCAACUGUCAGUUCUUCAUUAAGGACCUGUACCAGGAUGUUCUAUGUGUCACCAUCUUCAAGAGGGACCAGUUCUCUCCCGAUGACUUCCUGGGCCGCACUGAAGUUCCUGUGGCCACCAUCAAGAAGGAGCUGGAAAACAAGGGAGCAGCGACAAGGCGCCUGCUGCUGCACGAGGUGCCGACAGGCGAGGUGUGGGUGCGCCUGGACCUGCAGCUGUUCGACCAAAAAUCUCUCAAAUGAGGCGACGCGGAUUGGUGCCAUGCCAUACGCCC